CGCUGCGCCAGUGUCCAUCGUGACUCGUGCUUCGCGUGGAGUGCAUCUACACGCGCGCUGCCUGCCCUUCGAUGACUCGUGAGGUUCCGCGCUGAGGGCCUUCCUGGACUCCUUCGUCGGACUCCCUCCCUGGACUUGAGCGACGGCGCGUGGAAGCUGGGUCGUACGAAUUCGCUAAGGCGGCUUUGUUAGCCUGUACGGUUGAUUUUCCUGUUAUGUCCUCGGUUCUUAGAGAGACAAAAUAUUAGUUCAUCACGAAAACAACAACAAAAAACAAUGUGACACUGAAAUACAAGCCAAAGGACUUCCAAUAUUUCUGAGGAUAAAUUCAAAUGCGUCUAUGACUGACAUUUUGUGAUAUAAACACAGUGCGAUACCUUACUCUAGAGACAUCAGUGCGAAUAUUAGGUUAUUAAGCAUACUUUACAUCAGUUUUGUCAUAUGCUAAAAUAACCCACAAACUGCUCAUUUAAAUGCUAUGUGAUUCUCGUGCUUCGUUCCCCUAAAUAGACAGCCACAGAUAAGGUUCAAAUUAACCCCAUCACCCAACCCGAACCUGACAAGCUCGUCACAGAUGACAGGUCCAUCUGGUUUGUGAUAACUAGUCGAUGAUAGUAGCUGAUAAGUAACGAGUGCUGAUAACUCGGAACGAUAAACAGUAAACAUUUCACUUUUUUUGUUGUUUUUUUGGUUACUUAACUCCGCCAUUGUUUCAUAAUGAAGCCAAAGCCAUAAGGAAGCAUGCUAGACGCGGAACCAGGGAUGGGGUGGUUACAUUUCACACAUUUCGGAGAUUGAGAGAUAUUCAAGUCUUGAUAAUUUGCACAAAAAGUAAUACAAGGAAGCCAGAGAUCCUUGCAUGGCUGUGAGAUAACCAUCCAAGUGUUGCGGGUCGUCAUGCUCGUAUCAAGACUCACUGCCCUGGUGUUCGGCCUCUUGGUUGUCCUCGUCUCCCUCUCGCUCGGGGCGGCGAUCAGGGGCGCGUCGGGAUUCCCUCACAGCAGCCUCAGGAGGGUCAAGUCCCCGGUGUCUCAGAACGAUUUUUUAGGGCCUUCCGAUUCCAAAGGGUCUGACGAACGCCAUGGGGAAGCAACGGUUGGAGAAGUGCCGCGGACGCUGGACUUAUCCUUGAACGUGAAAGUGACGGAAAACGGUAGAUACGACAACGAUGCUGUGUCAUAUGUCAGUCAGGCGGGGGGCAAUGGGUACGCAGCGGAGAAAAGAGCUACGGAGGAAUUGGUCAAAAAUGGAGAAAGGCUGACCUCUAGCGCCAUGACUGACGAGGUCCUGACAACAAAGACUAAGACUCAAGAGAGAAAAGAAGCCAGUAAGAACCAAGUCCCUUUCCUUUCCUCGACUAAGAGUUUUCAGAAAUCAGAAGAAUCCGCUUUGGUCUCAGAAGACCCCACGUUUCCUUCAACAGGAAAGGGAAGAAUAAAGGAGGAAAAGGGUGAUACUGCCAAAAACGAGACCCGUUCGUCACAUGCGAAGAACAGGUGCGAGUUCAGAUCGGCGCCACCUGACGUAGUCUUCCCAGAUGCCUUCGAGGAGUUUUCUAGGUCGAUGGAAGCAAACCUCAGCCCCGAUGACCAACCUGACGAAGAGCUCCUCGACAGCCUCCUUCCUGACGGAUGCCACUACACGGAGAGGCAGAAGAAGAAGGUCAUGUGCACCGGAGCCAACAUGACGUCCAUCCCCGAGUUCGAGCACGCGAGGAACAUCGAAACGCUGCACUUCAGCGGGACGUCCAUUGUGCAGGUGACCAACCUCGACCCGCUCCCGAGGUCCCUCAAGGCGCUCUACUUCUCCAACGGCAUGCUCAAGGUCUUCGACGGCAGGAACCUCAACAGGGUAUCUGGACUCGAGGUCCUCCAUCUCGACAACAACUUCAUCACCAGCUGGAGCCUCGUCACCACCUUCUACUCCAUGGGGGGCUUCGCUGAGCAGAACACCAUCAAAACACUCAACAUUCGAAGCAACCAAAUAACUUAUCCACUGUCUCUUCAUCUUGUGCAGCCUCAGCCGGUCGGAGACAACGAGACAGUAUUGCCUUACCUGGAGACUUUCGUGCUGAGCGAAAACCCCUUGUGUUACUUGCCAGACACGCUCUUCAAGCCUCUUAGGAACAGCAAUGUCACCAGUCUUUAUCUGAAGAACUGCAAUAUCGACGAAUUUUACGGAUCGCCCUUGUCCUACCUGCCAAACUUGGAAGUCCUGGACCUCACCGGCAACAGGGCCAUCAACGAGACCGAGCUGAGGGACCUUCUGCUACCACUUGGCCGCCUGAAACAGCUGUUCCUCGGUAACAACAACUACCAGACAGUUCCGACCAAAGCCCUCUCCUUGGUGAACGGCACCUUAGAGAACCUGGACCUCCAUUCCUCGACGUUCACCUGCCUCGACAAUUCGUCCUUCCCAAUUAUGCCAGUCUUGACUCACCUCGACCUCAAGUACUGCAGGAUCAACGCGAUCCGGGAACACACAUUCCAGGGAUUCCCGAUGCUCAGGGAACUGAACUUGGACGGUAACAGCCUCACUACAGUUCCCCCUGAAGUGCUGCUUCCCUCGUUACAGAUCCUGACACUGAGCGACAACCCUCGCGCCAACGGGAACGACGGCGACCAACGCUUCAGCAUGGAGGACGUCAGCUUCCAAGAUAUGGUGAACCUGAAGACGAUACAGCUAAAUCAGGUUAUAAUGGAAAAGAUCGAGAGAUCCUACUUCAACGACCUGUACAACCUCGAGGAGCUCUCCUUAACGGGGUGCGGCAUCAAAACCAUCGAAAACUUCAGCUUCGUAAACCUCACCAAGUUGCAGCAUCUGAACCUCAGCGAGAACUACAUCACCACCCUCUACAACGACAGCUUGGUCGGCCUCGUGAAUCUGAUCUCCCUGGACCUCUCCAACAACAAGCUGAAAGGGAUCAACCGCAUGGGGCGUUCUGGGGUCUCGUCCUCCGCGGUUCGAACCGAUUCGCUUUCGUCCGGUACUGUUUCGGACGCUCGGGAAAUCGACUCGUUUUUAGAGCGCGUCAGAGCCCCCUCGCCUCUGAUUCCUUGGCUGUCCAGUAUACGAAGGAACGCGAGGGCCGUGGGACCCCUAGGAUGGCAGGGGAAGGAUCUGCCGAGGACAACGAUAGCCGCUUACGCCUUCAGCGAUCUUGUUCGCCUGAGGACACUCAACCUCUCCGAAAACAUGAUCAUGCUACUCCCGCCGGAAUUAUUCCACAACCUCACGAAUCUUCUGAUUCUCGACAUCAGCUACAACAGGCUGAUGACCUGGGACGACCCGGUGCUCGGUUCCAUCCCCAACCUCACGGAGCUCCACCUGAGGACGAACUUGCUCGACGGCAUCACCGACGCGAUGGAGGUGGACUUCCGGAAGGAGAGCCUCAAGCUUGUCGACCUCCAGGACAACACCUUCAAGUGCGACUGCAGCCUGAGCAAGUUCAACCGGUCGCUCAACACGUCGCACUUCUUGAACUGGCCUUAUCUGUGCAGGGAAGGGAAAGCAGACGUGGACAUGGAGGAAUACAUCGCAAGGGCGCCGUGUAACUUCGCGACCCAGCCGGAGAACCACGGCCGGAUGCGGGCCAUCGUCAUCAGCACGAUUGUCUCGAGCUUGCUCCUCGUGGCCUCCGUCAUGGUCUACAGGAAGCGAUGGUAUGUGCGGUACUUCAUGUACACGGUGAGGAUGAGGACGAAGGUGGUGCGCGAGGAAGCCGACAAGUACCUCUACGACACCUUCGUCUGUUACUCGCAAACGGACCGCCAGUGGGUGUUCGAGCACCUGGUGGCCAAGCUGGAGGACGGGGGAAGGUACCGAGUGUGUAUCCACGAGCGAGACUUCACAGUAGGUCAGGAGAUAACAGAUAAUAUUAUCAACAGCGUCGAAAGGUCGCGUAAGGUCGUGGUGGUUCUGUCGCCGGCCUUCAUCAGGAGCAGCUGGUGCAUGUUCGAACUCCAGAUGGCCAGCAACAAGAUUCUCGACGAGAGGAAAUCCAAACUGAUCAUGCUGCUUCUGGAGCACAUCCCGGACGAGGAGCAGCCCAAGAAACUGAAGUACUUGCUCAAGACGAGAACCUACAUCGAGUGGGUCCCGGACCUCGAGAGUCAAAAGCUCUUCUGGGCGAGGUUGAUGAGAGCCAUAUCCAAGCCUUCGGAUAGCGAGGCCAUCGCAGCGUCGACGAAGUUAUAGCUGAGGCUCCAAAGUCCAAGUCCUGACUCCUGUUUACAUUAAGUGUUUGCUUGCACCGGCGACUGAACGCUGUUUUUGCUGAAAAAAAAAAAUCCGUUUUGGAACCCGAGCUGGUCGCCUCUGCGGAACGUUUGAACUAGACAGGUUUAGGCAUCGUGAAUGAUAUUCCUGUUAA